UUUCUACCAACUCAAAGCGAAGUGAUCCCUCUCGAAACAUGUCGCAAGAGAAUCCAGACCCUCCCGGGGAUCCGAGCACCUUCCCAUUCAUGAGACUGCCGAAAGAUGUCCGACUGAUGGUGUAUGAGCGUCUUCCACGCAGGAUCACCAAAGUUGUGGUACGUCCUUGGGGUGAUAACGACUCGGAACUACACCUUUACCUUCGAGGUACCGAUGCUGCAAUCCUCAGGGCUUCGAGACGCAUCUAUGAGGAAGCUAAACCGUUUGUCCGACGCAUUGCUAAGGAAUUCAUCCUAUGCAAAACGCCGCAAAUCGCCUACCAGGUUGGAAGCAACAGUCUGAUAAUACCGAUUGGCGACCUGAUCAUGGGAGAGAUCGACAAGUCGGUCGACACGCUGAAGGAAAACAUGGAAACUAGUUGGGAGAUGUCGCAGUUUGAGGCUUAUCUAGCAACACUGAAGAUGAGCAGCAAGACUAUCAACGCACGCUGGGAUAAAAUCUCUUACAACCUUCCACUCGACCUCGCGAAGUCUCUAAGUCGAUAUAAUGACCAUUUUCAUGGGCGUUACAACAAGGAAUCCGCUCUAUGGUGCAAUGCAGCAAUUCUGAAACAGGCACGAUUUAUCCGUGCUUUUAUCAUCCAAUCCCCUCAUCAACUCCUCUAUCGCCACAUCAUGUGUGAAAAAGGUAUGGCAAUUGGUACACCGCCACUCACAAUUGAUGUACUCUACGACGUCACCUGGUCGACUGAUACUUACGAAACCCUGACUCGUCCCGGCCUCCGAGUCGAAGCACUGCUGGACUUGCGACCGGUAUCACUCCUGUGGAAGACACAACGUGGGAAUCGGGAUGUUCUCCGAUGCCUCAUUGGUGUGAAGCGCACGACCUUGGAGACAAGAGCACAGUGUCUGGAGCCCCCACAGUCAUUUGAGAUCGACGAUAGGUGUUUGAGGCCCCUUGAGCUGCAGUUACAGGCUAGCUUCCCAACUAUGGCGCAGAUUGUGAUUCACGGUGGUAUGUCGCGAGACACGUGGCGGGAAAACUGGAUCCCAAGUCAUGUUAUCAACCCGAGGACGCAGCUGAAGGAGGAAUUCAAGAUUCACGGAUGAAUAACGUGCGAUGGAUUUGGUGAUGGAUUUGGUAAUGGAUUGG